UUGUCGUGAAAACGAAGAAAAAAUCAUGUACUGAACAAAUGUCAUAAUUAGAUAUUGGAGGAUUUGAUUGAAGAAAAAAGUUACAUUCCACGGCUAGAUUUUCUUCAGAUUUCGCUUUCCACUCAAUUCCGCAUUUUACGGAGUUCCGUUUUCCAAAGAUCCAUCUUAAGCUUUUUACUUGUUAAUUUUUAGUCUUGAGUCCUGGAGUCUAGUCUCAGUCUUGGGUCUUGGAAAAUUUUCCGUCUCGGACAGCUGAUAAAUUUUUAAAUAUAUAAAUUUUUCUUUAAUUUCUUUCUUACAGAAAUAAAAAAAUUUCAAAAAUGAAACAAUUCCUUUUCGUUUUAUUAUUUUAUUUUGUCAUAAACCAAUGUCAAAUACAAUUGACGGUUGGGAUGGAGCAUGGUAUGAAAUUGAUGGAAGGAAGUGCUUCCGAAUCUGAACAAGGGGUUCAAGAGGUUGAGCAAAAUUAUGCAGAAUUUGAGGCUGAAGUUGAAGAAAUUCAAGGAGUUCCCAACUUUUCGCUUACGGAAAUAUAUUCUCUUAUUGUAAUUUUGAACAAUCUAACAGUUGGAAUAUUACAACAAUAUUCGAAUUUUCGUUUAGAAAUAAUUAUAGACAGCUAUUGCAAUCCUGAAGCUCUAGCUUGUAAAAAAAUUAAAAAGGUUAUUGGAGUGUAUAAUGACAUUUUUUGCCAAGAAGGAGAAUCAGAAAAUGCGAGAAAUCAUUAUCUUACCUUAGGUCUUUUUGUUUUUGCCCGAAAGUUCAUCCGUUCAUUCUUUAACCUUCAUGGUACAAAUAAAUACUAUGACAACUUGGUUGAGCGGUUUAAUCCGUAG